AUGCUCGCCUCGGAGCUAGCCGUUGGCUUUGGCUGUGUCGCAACAACUCCCUUCGCCCCAUCCUCCUCUCACCACCGACCAAGCACUGCUCCUCCCGUUUCUGAUUCCCUUUCCAGCACGUUCUUUGCAAGCCAACCAAACCGGCACGUCAAGGGCCGGCGUGUGCUGGUGGUGACCAAUGAAAGCAUCGCGCCGCUGUUCUUGGAGCGGACUAUUUUGGCGCUGACACAUGGCAACCCCCAAUUGGAGGUUCGCAGCGUCGUGCUGCCGGACGGCGAGCAGUUCAAAGACCUGGAAACCCUCAAUCUGAUCUUCGACCGAGCCCUGGAGACCCGCAUGGACCGGCGUUGCACCUUCGUGGCUCUUGGGGGAGGCGUCGUCGGCGACAUGACUGGCUUCGCCGCGGCCUCGUACCUACGAGGCGUCAAUUUCAUCCAGAUUCCCACCACCGUCAUGUCUCAGGUGGACUCGUCGGUGGGGGGCAAGACAGGUGUCAACCACCGGUUGGGCAAGAACAUGAUAGGCGCGUUCUACCAGCCGCAGUGCGUGCUGAUCGACACCGACACGCUCGCGUCGCUCCCCAACAGGGAGCUCGCGUCGGGCCUGGCGGAGGUGAUUAAGUACGGGCUCAUUCGCGACGCGGAGUUCUUCGAGUGGCAGGAGGAGAACAUGGACCGGCUGUUGGCGAGGGACCCGGCAGCACUGGCAUUUGCGAUCAAGCGGUCGUGUGAGAACAAGGCAGCAGUGGUGGCGGCUGAUGAGAAAGAGGGCGGCCUCAGAGCCACUCUCAACCUUGGCCACACCUUCGGCCAUGCCAUAGAGAACGGAUUAGGAUAUGGCGAGUGGCUGCAUGGGGAGGCGGUGGCAGCAGGCACGGUGAUGGCAGCACACAUGUCGCACCGCAUGGGGUGGAUCGACUCGGCUCUGAGGGAUCGCAUCACUGCUAUCAUCAAGAAGGCCCGGCUGCCCACGCGGCCCCCGUCUGCUGUCACCAAGGAGCAGUUUAGAAGCCUCAUGGCG